UCGUGCUACACCGGCCUCCGCGGCAGUGCAACACCGAACGCCGUCACCGUCCGACGUCUGUCCGCGCAGCCGUUUGCCGUACGCCACAGUCGUCUCGCCGCGACCGUCUUGAUAAUAUUAUUAUUUGUCGUAUACGCUUCAGUGUGUCUGUGCGCCCGUCAGUAAUAAAUUCGUUUCGGAUUUUGUGAUUGACAUUAUUUUUGCGAACAUUGUUAACGAAAAAACUUUUUUUUUGCCACUGUAAAUUAUUUCGUCCGGUGUCUCAUAUUCACAUACACCUAGUGUAACACGCCGGAUCCGCCAAUCGAGUGUGUAUGUACAGUGCGAACCAUGAUCAUGAGCAACGAAAACCAAUACCUGAGACCGGAUUAUUUAACUCCUCUACCGUCGUUGGACGCUAAAAACAGUCCACUGGCACUGUUGGCACAGACGUGCAGUCAGAUUGGAUCUGACGCGCCGGCGCCGCAGAACGGCAAGUCAAACUCAGACAAGAUUGGCAACCACCAUAAGAAGACGUCGUCGUCACUCUCUUCGUCUUCGUCGACGUCUUCUGACCACGGAGGCGGCGGUGGUGGUGGCCGAGACAAACGUUCACCAUCGUUAUCGUCGUCAUCGUCGUCGUGUUCAAACAGCGGUUCACCACCCGGCCGGCCGUCGGUCGUCCACCAUCACCUGCAGCCAGCCCCGAUUACCACAGUCACCACCACGGCCCGGUCCAGCUUCAAACCAUACGAAUCGUGUGUGUUGCGACCGGCCGCUGAAGUGGCUGCGGCUGCGGCCGCCGCAGCUGCCGCCACUGCUAAUCCCACGUCAAUCAGCCUGGACGCGACCAUAAGGAGAGCAACGCCCGCGGCCACAAAUGACCGCGGUGGUGACCGGUGCAGCAGCAAAGAAAGCGCUUCGAGUCGCAAGUCGCCGGCAGAAGAUGCGGCCACCGCGAGCAGAAAGCACAGUGAACAAUCGCACAGCAAACUCACGUCGUCAUCGGCCGCUUCGGUGGCCGCUCUGAUGGCAGCCGCUGGUUAUCCGUCACCGCACCACCAUCCGCAGUUGUCUGCGCACCCUCAUCACCAUCACCACAUGGCGGCAUUGGGUGGAUCGCCCCUGAUGAGUCCCUACUUCAGACCUGGCGCCGGGGCGCCACCGCUACCGUGCCGUGAUCCGUAUUGCGCGGGAUGUCAGCUUGCCGCUCACUUGGCAGCCGGCAAACAACAACCGCCGGCGACCACGUGCCCGUCCGGCUGCACUCAAUGUGACGCUAGCCCGAAGACGGUGGCAGCAGCAGCCGCUGCCGCAGCCGCCGCCCACCAUCAUCACCAANAGUACCGCGGCGGCACACCACCAACAGCAACAGCAGCACCAGCAGCAGCAGCACCACCAUCACCACACGAUGGCCGCGGCGUACGCACACGCCCAGCUGGCCGCACUGGCCGCGGCCGCCAGUCAAUUGCCGUACGUGUGUUCAUGGAUGGGCGCUGACCUGCCGUCGUACUGCGGCAAGCGGUCGGCACGUCCGACGAGCUGCUCCAACACCUGCGCACGCACACCUCCGACCCAGCGGCCGCGCUGCCGCUGUUGCAACGCUCGUAUCCGACGCCCCCGCUCAGCCCGUCCGCCGCGGCCGCCGUUAGCCGGUAUCACCCG